UAUAUGCCAUUGAUCCAGAAUAACCCGUUCAAAUUUAGCAAGAAAAGGUAAACAGUUCGGGUGGGAAGGCAAUAAAAGGCGCAGGAUCCUAAAACAUUUGGGCCCAAAAGGCCACGCAUUAGUCUUUACGAUACGAUCACAUUCAAUCCGGAAAAUCUUUUAUCUCGGAAGUUCAUUCCUGCAGUCUCUCCCACACCAUGGACUCAGGAUCCGUCCACAGCGAGAAUCCGGUCCAAGCUGAGCAAGAGACCCACACUCAAGGAGGUAAACUCAAAGAGAAACCCACUGACCAGCAGGGCAAGUAUAAGGACCUAAAAAUCUACAUAGAAGAGAAAGAACUCAUAGGGGUAGAACCCAAAGAGAUAUACAAAUUUCACCUGGGACCAGAUGACGAGAAUCUAACCCUGCGGAUUGAUAAGGACCUGUUGAUUCAUAUUCAAGGAAAAGAAGUCAGGGUUGUACAACUCAAAGAGAAAUUUAGACGCCCCAUAGGAUCAGCCUGGCAGGGCGAGAAUCCAGCCCAGCAGAUCAAUAACGAGAUCCAUAAUCCAGAUUUGUUUUAUGCUUUUGCAAAUCAUCCGGCAAAGAGGUUCCGUUUUGCAGAUGAUGAUGAUGAUGAUGAUGAUACUGACCUGUGUCACAUAUCUGAUGGUCCGAAGAUCAAGCAGUUGCAUUUUGACUAGGUGCCUUGAGAAUACGUUGGUGCUUCUAUGUUUUCUUCGGUACAAGAAAAAAGAACAAGGCUAUAAAGAGCCUCCAACAUCCUAAACCCAAACCAUUAAAGACGAGCAUUAGCAGCAGACAAAGGAAGAGAAUAAAUCCAAGUAGCAAUACCAGUAGAGUGGGUUGCAUCAAUCAGAAAAUUUGCUUCACUCCAGACAUGAUUUUUUUUUA